AGGCACUAUGAAAGUACUAGCUAUUUUGGCGUGCAUCGUCGUUGGGGCUGCAGUUGUGCACGGCGCCUGUGAUGAAUUGCACAAAUACAAAGUACAGGCACAGUGGGCACAAAUCUACACCAACGAGGGAGCCACAACCAGGACUACUAUCUGUAAAGCGGCAUUCAGAGCACUGUUCAAGAUAGAACCUGCCACAAGAGCACUAUUCUCAAAGUUUGACAGCCAAGACACAAACUCGCCAAAAUUCCAAGCCCAUUGCGUUAGAGUUCUAGGAGGUCUUGGCCAGCUUUUCUCUCUGCUAGGAGAGCCGAAAAUAUUCGAAUCACAAUUGGACCAUCUCAGCCAAUACCAUGCCAAGAUCCCAAAUCUCCAAAUCGUAUAUUUUGAGCAACUUGGACAAGCACUGGAGGAAAUUUUCAAGCGUUCUAUCGAGGAUUAUGACAACGAAGCGUUCGCAGAUUGCUACAUCGAUAUCGUCAAAGGAAUGACAUCCCGUAUCGUUUAAUAGGGCGAAUGUAAAUUUAUCUUUUGUGGACUCUCCAUAAAAUGUGAA